AUGGCAUUAGAAUUAGGACCACAAGGAAUUCGGGUAUGUGCUAUAUGUCCUGGUCUUAUUGAUACUCCAAUGACGUCAUGGGCAACUCGUGAUGCAGAAAGAAAAUCUAAAGUCGAAAAACAAAUCCCAAUGAGACGCAUUGGUCACCCAAAUGAAAUCGCUUCUAUGGUUGCUUUUCUUUGCUCGGAUGAUGCUUCAUAUUGUACGGGACAAACUUAUAUUGUUGAUGGCGGUUGGUUAUUGACCAAUCCAAAUCUGUUUGUUUAA